UCUUAACCUAUUUCGGCACUUACUUUUAAGUAUUCGCAGAACGUUCGGCUUUCGUGGUGUGUAUUGUUUUUCAAUUAAAUUAUCUACCCCUCGGUAUUUUUCCAUUAAUUGAAUUAAAGCAAAUCUUUGCGUGCAUUUAUCACUGCCAUACUUCCACUCCCAUAACUUUGUUCACUUAAAUCAAACAUCCAUUCCAAGUAGUUUCUUCAUAAAUGAGUUCAACAACAAUGGCUGAAGACGAUAAAGAUGUCCAGAAAUGUUUUGAAGUUGCUCUGGAACUAGUUUACAAAGCUGGAAAUAUUAUUUUGGAGCGUAAAAACAGCCGGAAGAGUUUCGUUUGCAAAGAAGGUGACAUUGACCUUGUAACCGAAACAGAUAAACAAGUCGAGAAAUUGUUGAUGAAUGGUUUGAAGGCUCAAUUUAAAUCUCACAAAUUUAUUGGAGAAGAGGAGAGCGCCGGUGGUGUUACUGCAAGACUUACAGAUGCUCCCACUUGGAUAAUCGAUCCUGUUGAUGGUACAAUGAACUUUGUUCAUGGCUUCCCACAUUCUUGUAUCUCUAUUGCUCUGGUCAUAAAUCAAGUUACUGAAAUUGGAAUUGUUUACAAUCCAAUGUUGAAUCAGAAAUUCACAGCAAUCCGUGGAGAGGGUGCAUUCUAUAAUGAUAAACUAAUUAACGUUAGUGGUGAAAAGGAUCCAAAAAAAGCUCUGGUAACUAGCGAAUUUGGAACAACACGUGAUCCAGAGAAGUUAAAGGUUGUUAUAGAAAAUUUCAAUAAAAUGGCAGCUUUAGUUCAUGGCAUUCGUUCUCUUGGUUCGGCUGCUUUAAAUAUGGUCAUGGUUGCAAUGGGUGCAGCUGAUGUCAACUAUGAGUUUGGUAUUCAUGCUUGGGAUGUUGCUGCUGGAGAUUUGAUUGUUCGUGAAGCUGGAGGAGUAACAAUCGAUCCAGCUGGCGGAGAAUUCGAUAUGAUGUCGCGACGAGUAAUAGCGGCUUCUAGUAUGGAGUUAGCUCAAGAAAUUGCUAAAAAUCUUACACAGUUCUAUCCUCAACCCAGAGAUGAUUAAAUUAAAAGGAAUAGGUAUAUAAUAAAUAUACCCAAGAAAUAUGAAUGCAUGUUGAUGGAAUGCUAAAUUUGUUUAUGUUUUAAAUAAUUGAAUUUAACAAAAAUUUGUUAAUAAAUAUAUAACUAAUAACUUCA